AUGCAACUGCUGAACCAUCAUAAACGACCCUGUAGUUCUUUUAGUUUUGGCUAUGUUAUUAUUAUCAUAGCUUGUUUUAUUCUUAAAACAACAUUAGCUGAAUAUGAUUGUUCAGCUAAACAAGAUGGUUGGUAUUAUGAUCCUGAAUUUUGUCAUAUUUAUUGGCGUUGUAUUCAUGGUUCAUCAGAAGAAUUUGAAUGUGCUAGUGGGACAGCUUGGGAUCAUCAUGAAAAUCGUUGUAAUUGGCUUGAUAAUGUAGAUUGUUCACGUUCAGAAAAAACUACAGCUAAACUUACAUCAGAAGAUGAUGAAAAUGAACAAGAUGAUGAUAAUGAAACAAAAGAUGAUAAACCUAUUGUUGUUGUUACUAAAUCAAAAAGAAAAAAAAAGAAAAAAAAUUCAAAUAAAAGAAUGUUAGAUGGUGAUGAAGACGAAGAAGAUAUUGAUCAUACAACAACAUCUCGAAAAAAAUCUGAUACUGAUUCUGUACUAUCUGAACCAAGUAUAGGUUCAAUUUUACCAUCAACACAUGGAAAAGAUAGUAGUGGUGGUCUAUCAAUUAUUGAAUGUCAACCAACUGGAAUUUAUACUACAGCUGAUCCAUUAGAAUGUAAUGCUUAUUAUCAAUGUGAUAAAGGUAUACGAACACGACUUAAUUGUCCUGAAAGACAAUUAUUUGAUGCUGAUAAACGUCAAUGUAUGGAAUAUGAACGAGUUUUUUGUGGAAGUCGAGCAGCUAAUUUAGCUGAUAAAAAUCAAUGUAUCAAUAAGCGUGAUGGUAUUCAUCCAGAUACAGAACGUGAUUGUCAUUUUUAUUAUCAAUGUGUAGCACAAAAUAAAAUGCGUGAAGCUAAAUGUCCAGGUGAUCAAAAAUUUAGUAGUUAUACAGGCAAAUGUGGUCCAGGAAAUAAUGCACCAAUGCCAUGUGGUACUUAUAUACCAGGAAGUGCAAUAAUACAAUAUCAUCGAAAUAUUGGCUUUUUGAUCUCAUCUCUUUUAACAAUGAUUUUCUUCCUUGUCUUUGAUUUAUAA